AUGUCUUACAAAUUCACGUCGGAAUCUAUCCGCAAGAGGAUAAAGAAUGUGAAAGCUAUAUUCCGCAGCGACGACCGUUCGGCUAGCCGAGUGGAUGGAUCAAGCGACGGCACCUUGGAUGGUCUCGUGACGAACUUGGAUAGUGAUGCUAGUUCCUUGGACUUGACUAGCCCCCGACGUGCUUCUACGUCUACUGCCUCCAAGACCAACGGUCAUAAUGGGCAUAUCAAUGUGUAUCACUUAGAAGACAGAAAUGGUGCCGGUGAUUAUUUGGAGAGAGAUGAAUCCCCCGGCCGUAGUCCCGAUAAUCAUGAAUCUCAAGAAGAUGUGCCAAGAGGUAGGAGCCGGGAGCCUAAGGGAAAAGAGCCCGUGCAGGAGGAAGAAGAGAUCACCAUCACCAAUGGACAUGCUUCGCCCGCGGAAUCUGUUACGACCUCCACGGUCAGCACCUUCGUCGACCCAAGCACCGUUUUCAGAGCGUGGCAAGAUGACGAACUCCAACUUCAACGCGAAGUCAUCGAGAAGUAUCAAACCGGGGCCAAACUCUGGACCAAAGAGGAACUAGUCAACAUCGAGAAGAAGAUCAACACUGUGAAUCCCAUACUACUACAGUCCUAUGUCGGACCAAACCAAAAAUUCGAAAGACAAGUUGGGCUCACGUAUAGAGUUGAAUUCCACGGGUACCGGGACCUCGCCUUCCCGCCUCCCUUCCGUCCUAACGGGAUGCCGUACUGUCCCAUGACGCUCAAGACGAUGCCCUACGACUACUCGUUCUCUCGGGACCUGGAGAUCGAACUGGACGCUUUCCACAAGUGUACGGCAAUUUGGCUAGCGAAUCCGAUCGGCCAACAGUUCUACUCGAUGUUCAUGCGGCUCCCCUUGCCCCCCGACAUCAACAAGGUCGUGUGCUUCAACCUCGGCAGCAUCACGGCCAAGCCCGCCGACGACCACCCAAAGAUUCGCCAGGCCAUGUACAAGCACGCGGCGGCCAUGACCAUCAUCGAGGCGCUGCACCGCCGCUUCGGCACCGUCAUCCAGCUCUUUGCCCAGGAUACCACCUACUGCGCCGAGUGCACGCAGGUGCUUUUCCAAAAGGGCUUCUCCGUCGUCGGCCUCCACGGCGCCGGCGGCUUUGCCGAGAUCGACGACAAGACCUUGGUCUUCGCCCCCAACCCGGGCUUCUGCCUCAAGGAGAUCGUCGCCGACACCGCGGAGCCCGCCGCCAUGUUCUGGGAUACCGUGCUCAGCCCCGAGGAAGCCGAGAAGGCGAACCGGUCGCACCGCAGCAUCACGCUCGAGGACGGGUUGACCUCGCAUUGGGAGUACUACGAAACCGACCCCGACACCCCCCGCGUCCGCUCCCUCGUCGAGAACUACGAGCGCCACCCCUUCCCGACCACCAACCUCCUCGGCAACGUGUCGCUGUACACGCGCAAGCAGCAGGUCAAAAGCGAAACCCCGAGCGCAAGCGAAAGCAACAGCACAAGCGGGAGCGAUAGCAAGAGCACGACCAUCCCCAACGCUGCCGCCACCACCGAAGACGUAGAGGGAACCGAGAAAUAG